CAUCGUUCUUGGAGCGGUGGCCUUUCCGCGAGCGGUCCCAACCAGGAUGUACCGCACGCCUCUACCCGUCGGCGGUUAUGGGCAGCCGAUGGCCCUUCAGAGGCGCGCCAGCAUGUCACCGAUGGGCAUGAUGUCGCCGGGUGGCCCCACGUCGCCGAAUCUGGCGGAAAAGGUGCGCCAGGCCGCUAUACAGCAGCGCAAGCAGUACGCGCGCACUCCCGCCGAGCGGCUACUGCUCAAGUGGGUCAUCUGCUGGGUGCUUUUUGCCGCCGUGGCGACCACCUUCAUGCUCUGGUACCUGUUCAAACUGAGUGAGAAACCCGUCGUGACGGACAGCAUGAGCCGCCUGCUCAGCAUCCACGACCAUAUUUCCACCGAGAAGUACCACCAGCGCGACCGUAUCUACAAAGCCAUCGUGAACAACAUCACAGCGCAGGCCAUCAGGAACCAGUUCCAUAACCUGACCUCACGAAACGCCGGUGGACUGGAUCUGUUAAAGUCAGUGGCUAUUCACUGGAAAGACAUCGGCAUGGAUGUGGUGAAGGAGCCCUCGUACCGGGUCCUCACGAGUCGAGCGAACGAUUCGUCGGACAAUAAGGUGAUGCUGUACAAAGACAAUCAGCUGCUCCUGACAUGUGCCUCCAGAGAUACCGCGGUGCUAGCGGGAAAAACGUACAUAUCCCCUGCAUACAUGGCCUACUCGCCGAUGGGCACAGGCAUGGGGCCUCCGGUAUACGUGAACUACGGCAGAGAACAAGACUACAACUACUUCAGGGAUACGGACCUGCACGGCAAGGUUAUCCUGGUACGGUCUGGAAAGAUAACCGGUGGACAAAAGGUGCGCAACGCCGAGCGGGUAGGCGCCGCGGCCGUCGUGGUAUUCCCGGACGCCAGCGACCUGGCGCCGCGAGGUGACACCCAGCCCUUCCCGGACUCGAUCUGGAUCAGCGGCAGCGCCAUCCAGAGGCAAAGUGCCGCAUACAUGCGGGGGGACCCCCUGACACCUGGCUACCCCGCCGUCGAUACAGUCUAUCGCACCACUGUCAACGAUGCCGAGCUGGCGCAGACUGUUGCACAGCCGAUCAGCUAUGAUGAUGCAAGAAGCAUCCUGAAGGAACUGGACGGCACGGCGUGCCCCGACAGCUGGGACCCCAUGCUCGGAAUACCAUGCUUCGUCAACGCUACGUCAGCACUCCAAUUGCAGGUGGAGGUACACAACUGUAUGACCCAAGGGUACAUCUACAAUGUUAUUGGCAUCAUCAGAGGCAAAGUGGAACCAGACCGGUUCGUCAUGAUCGGCAGCCAGACGCACGAGGACACUCGCGGCUCUGCGCACCCGCUUCUGUCGGUGAGCGAGAUGCUGGUGCAGAGCCAGGUGUUCGGCCACAUGCACAAGAGCCACCGCUGGACGCCCCGGCGAAGCCUCAUGUUCGCGCUCUUCUACAGCGAGGAGGGCAGCCUCAUUGGCUCCACCGAGUGGGUGGAGCAGCACAUGGCCCUGCUGCAGCACAGCGCCGUCCUCUACAUCACUGGCGGCUUGCUAAGCGGAGACAAGUUCUCGCCGCGUGCCACGCCUGGUCUUUCGUGGUCGCUGCGCCAUGUUGCCGACCUGGUGAAGGCCAACGACACAACUACUCUGUUUGGCGAAUGGACGCAGGACAAAGAAGGCGCUGCAGCCAGCAUGGCUGAAGCGUUGCCACCAAUGGGACUUUCGGAUGAAGCAGCAUUCACAUUUGAGGCUGGAGUUCCGUCUGUUUUCUUCCAGUUUAUGCACCGGCACGCGGCAGACAGCAUUUACCCGGCCCAGGGAACAGCCUCCGACUCGUUCACGCUGGUGGAUCGGCUGGUGGACCCCAAGUUUCGCAUGAGCCGCAUGCAGGCGCAGGCAUCUGCACUGUUGGCUCGUCUCUGGGCUGACCGCACGUUCCUGCCGAUGGAUGUAGUCGAGCUGGCCGAGUGGAUCAGCCUCCGUGCCAAGGACUUCGCCAAGUACCACAGGACGGUCAUCGAUGCACACCAAUUGAGGCUCGAGUCUGUCCAGCUUGCCGCAGACCAGUUUCUCGAUGCUGGGCGCGUGUUCAUGAACUGGACUCAGAAACUCAGACAAGAUCACCCCAUGUACGCGCGCCUCUACAAUGACAUCGUUAUCCGGCUCCCGAAAGUCUUCAUCACGCCUCACGGUAUCCCCACUCGACACAUCUCACACAAGAACCUGCUGUACUCGCCAGAGGGGCUCCCCUUCCCCGGCCUCCAGGACCUCAUCCGGCAGCGGCCCAUCGACGGGGACGCGUUCGGUCACAUGGUGGCACUCAUCACCGAGAGCAUCAUCCAGGCUACAGAAAUCCUCCACUUUUCGCCCAUUCCGUGACAAUAAAUUCACAGCA